AUGUCCCUCGAAGACUCUCUAAGAUCUCUCUCCCUCGACUACCUCAACCUUCUCAUCAACGGCCAACAAGCCUUCAGCGACGUCACUUUCCAAGUCGAGGGUCGUUUGGUUCACGCGCACCGCUGCAUCUUGGCCGCGCGUAGCCUCUUCUUCAGGAAAUUCUUCUGCGGACCCGACCCCACGGCCGGACUCGACCCCGCCGGAGCAUCCCGCGUCAACUCCGGUGCGGCGGCCAGGCCUCCCGGCGUCAUCCCUGUGAACUCGGUGGGCUACGAGGUUUUCUUGCUUUUGCUGCAGUUUCUGUACAGUGGACAAGUCUCCAUCGUGCCUCAGAAGCACGAGGCUAGGCCCAAUUGCGGCGAGCGAGGGUGCUGGCACACGCAUUGCACCUCCGCCGUUGAUCUCGCCCUCGACACUCUCGCUGCCGCUAGAUACUUCGGCGUCGAACAGCUUGCAUUGCUCACUCAGAAACAACUAGCAAGCAUGGUAGAGAAGGCCUCAAUAGACGAUGUGAUGAAAGUUCUGAUAGCAUCAAGAAAGCAAGAAAUGCACCAACUGUGGAAUACAUGCUCCCAUCUUGUGGCAAAGUCAGGUCUCCCACCAGAGGUUCUCGCCAAACACCUUCCCAUAGACGUAGUCGCAAAAAUUGAAGAACUACGUCUCAAAUCCUCCCUCGCACGCCGUUCCCUCAUGCCCCUUCAUCCACACCACCAACAUCACGACCUCGUACCCGACCUCGAAGACCACAAAAUCCGCCGCAUGCGUCGCGCCCUCGACUCCUCGGACGUAGAACUCGUCAAACUCAUGGUCAUGGGCGAAGGCCUCAACCUCGACGAAGCACUCGCUUUGCACUACGCCGUAGAAAAUUGCAGCCGCGAAGUUGUGAAAGCGCUUCUCGAAUUAGGCGCCGCAGAUGUCAACUUCCCCGCCGGCCCUGCCGGAAAAACGCCGCUCCAUGUUGCCGCCGAGAUGGUCUCGCCGGAGAUGGUGGCGGUGCUGUUGGACCACCACGCCGACCCGAACGUCCGAACCGUCGAAGGUGUCACCCCUUUGGACACCCUCCGAACCCUAACCUCGGAUUUCCUCUUCAAAGGCGCUGUCCCCGGUUUAACCCACAUUGAACCCAACAAGUUAAGGUUGUGUUUGGAGCUCGUGCAAUCCGCGGCUCUUGUUUUGUCGCGCGAAGAAGGAAACAAUGCUAGUAACAAUAACAAUAACAACAACCCUGCUUCCUCAACGGUUAUUUACCCGCCAUUGAGUGAAGACCAUAGCAGCAGUAGCAGCGGGAAUAACAACAUUGCGAACCUGAAUUUGGAUUCUAGGUUGGUGUAUCUCAACCUUGGUGCCACGCCUCAAUUGGGUGAUGAUGAUAACAGCCACAAUAGCCAGAGGGAAGCAAUGAGCCGUCAUGGUUCGCAAGGUGGUGGAUGUGACCCAACAAUGUAUCAUCACUCUCAUGACUUCUAG